CGCGCUAAAACAUCCACUUAAGUAUAUUAUGUAGAUAUUAUGUAUGUAUGUAUGUAUACUAUUUUACAUUGGUAUGCACACACUUAGAAACAUAUGUACAUAUACUGCUUGCUGACAUGCUUGGUGCUUCGGCAUCUUUACGGGCUGGCUGAGUGUGCCUGCGUCUUGACUUGGUGUUUUCAACUUGUGGUACUCAUCGGCCAGGUAUCGUGUGCGCAUUCGCAGUGGAGCAAUGCACAACAACGCAUCACUACGUCGGAAUCAGUGUCGAUAGAGUUUCGUGCGUUAGAAAAAUAAUACACUUUAAUGGUUUUUGUUUUUGUACUUGGUGUCUGUGAAUACAUAUCUGCAUUUGAAUAGUUUUAAGCUGAAGCAUAUAAAAUUGUUUGUAAUAAAAAAAUGAGAUAAUACGUGGUAACAAAACUGAAAAGUUAAAAAAGUGAUUAAAUGAAAAGUUGUCAGUGUUUUAAGAAAAAUAUUUACAUUUACAGUGUGUGUCAACUGUAAGCACCAAAAGUUUACGUUCAUGUUUUAUAAACUCGCGUUUAAGGUGGUUCAAAAUGUUAUCGAAUUAAAAAGAUCGGACCCUGGUUGGUCAACAACAUCAACAAUUUUAAUAACACUUUCAAAUCAUAAGCAGGCAAGAGUUAGAGAGGUACAUACUUGUAUGUAUGAAGAAAUACAGGCACUUAUAAAAUGCAAAUAAAUUACAGGCUUGAACUUAACUCCAAUCCACUAUGUAUGUAAAUAUGUAUAAGUAUGUAUAUAUAGUAUACACCCAAAUAUAAGCAUAUACAUACAUACAUAAAUGUAAAAAGCACAUGGACACGCGCUCUGUAGACACAUGAAUAAAAUAAUUUCUUACAUAUAAAUAGUACUAUAAAAAAUCCGCCGUAAACAACGGCAAACAACAUAAAUCGAUACAGAGCACAAACAAAAACUAGAGAAAUGCACAACAGGUUGAGUGCAAAUACAUAGCUGCAAGGCUAGUAUUUCAGUUAAUAAACACAAAUUAACACAGCAUAGAGUGCAACAAUCUUCUCUUGUCGAUACUACCAACGAUGGUAACUUGCAGUAUGGUGGACACUGUGCCCAUUUCGAAAAUUAAUACCGUGCAUACUCGAAAGCCGCUAAGCAGCAAUUCUUCCGGUUUCCGGCUUUUGGACGCCGAUCACUUGGAAACAGCCUCGAGUGUCAGCAAAAAUUCUGUUUACAAAUUAAAAAUUGAUCUGAUGUUCGAUGACACCAGAUCUCUACGCAGCAACCAACUUGAUGACACGAGAGGAUCACAUCGAACUCGUUCCAUAAUAAUGUAUGGUCGUAGUGAAUUGGCAAGCACAGGGCAGAGUGCUCGAACCAUUACAAGUUUGCUGCAGGAGUCUACCGAAACGACUAAAAAGCUUGCAACUUCCACUAAAAAAGAUGUGCAACGUAUGAGUAAUAGUGUUCAGGAACAAAUCGAGCAACUUUUCACUGAUGUGGCUAAAGAUGCCACCAGCAGCUUUACAGUUAUAUACUUGGGCUCCUUGCCGCUAAAAGAUAAAGUAACUAGCCUUCAAGGGCUUCAACCACCUCUUCGUGAGCUUUAUUUAAAGGAGUUGAAUGCUAAGCAAAAAUGCUCUGGUUUUCUGGAAAUCUGUACAACUGGGUUGCGAGUUAAAAUUAAUGCAAAUUAUAUCACCAACACUCAAGGUGAGGAGAAUAUUACUCCAUUUCACAAUAUAGCUGUUUGGUCCGCAGUAAAAUUCGUUGUCUCAGACAGUGAUGGUGGUGCUGCUUUUCUACCGUUGAUUACAGACCCCGACAAUAUUGACAAAACGUCCUUAUUUCGUCCAUUAGACGGUAAUGAAAAAAAUCACGUGCCAAAUAAUGGACAUGCUCCAAUUUUUGCAGUCGUAAUGCGGACCCCCGGUUUGCCAAAGGUUCUAAAAUGCCAUGCAUUUAUUUGUAAAAGUACUGAAGAUGCAAUUGUUAUUGCUGCCACAUUGUACCAGAGCUUAAUGGCCCACGUGAAUUCUAGCUCACAUCGAAACAGCAAACGACGUACACCACGUAAUCAAAACGGCGUUAGUUGUAUAAGUAUUGCUAGUAGUUCGGCUCGAACGGGAUCCAAUUACUUAUCACAAUCCCAUGCUCUUUCUAAUGGUCGGAAAAGUUCUCUGCUUAGUUCUAGUGAAAGCUUGGGCGCAGAAAUUGCAACACCUCCUCGAUCUGGGCGGAAAAAGCGUGUUUCCAAUAGCUUUCUUACUUCUAGCAAUAAUGUUAUCAACGAGGCGGAAACUACAACUGAAGAACGAAGACGAAAAUCUCAUAAAAGUAAACGUGCCCCUCCUAUUCCUAACGGUUUGCACUCUAAUAACUCUGUGCGUAAUAUUAGUAAUCAAGCUGCCAUUGCUCUCAAAGAUACAUUUUGUGAUGGUUGUGGAGGUGGCGGCUUCUUAUCGGUUGCGGACUCAUUGGCGGGUAACUCUAACCCUGGCCUACGUAACGAUAAUAAUGGGGAUAUACUAACACGCGUAGCAAUACCUCGAUCCGGUAGCUUCCUUAACACGGGAGGACUUACACGGUAUAAAUCAAGAGCUGCGCGUAAACAUUCUGGUAAACUAGGCGGAGGUGGUGGUUCACCACUUGGUUUCAGCGAACUGUUUAAUGAGUUCCGCUUGCAUGAAAACCUUCAUUCAUUGGACGAAAUACUUUAUGCCAUAAUUGACGCCGAUGGAAUGUCAUUCAACGAUCUUAGGCCAAUAUACAAGGAAUUCCUUAUGAAGUUGGCGGUAACCCUCACGAAGGAUGAGCUCUUUCAGCGAUCGAAGAAUAUUAUGCGACGACAAAGGAAAAAAAAGUUGAAGCAUCGAAGUAACGCUCCAGUAACACAGAAAAAGUCCAAAACGUUUAUGUUUGGAACUAAGAGCUUAAAAAAAGUUCUCCACUUAGGCCAAUUUAGAUCCUGUCGCGGCAAACCUAUGUCAAAACUACCCCGCAAUAAGAAAGAGGAAGUCCAAAAGCUUAGCAACAGUAGAACACAUGCAGUUCAACCAUCCGUAUUAGGGCGCUCAAAUGACAAUCAGCGGACACGAGUGGCAACCAGUGGUUCGGACGUAUCGGUCGUGCGCAAAGACAACACCCUUCGUGGACUAAAUAGAAACAGCAGCAGCGGCUACGUCUCUUGUUCCGAGUGCAGCUAUGAUUCAGAAUCAUGUACGUGCACAUCAGCGGACCGAUGUUACUGCAGUCUACAAACGGAUCAUGUCGUCAGCAGAUUACGUCACAAAAGGGAACGAAACAAUAUUAUGUCAAAGAAUACGACUAGCAAUAGCAGACGAAGUACAAAUAACCUGUCCGGUGGUAAUAUUAAUCGGGAUUCCUUGAUAUCUUGCAAGUCAGAUGAAAAAUGCUACUGUUCCAUGGUGGAAGAAGAGAGUGCUUUUCCUGGGUGUGAUUUUGCAAACACACAUUCGGAUACCACGUGGUGUGAUACAGAUAGUUGUGUCAGUACUAGCAAAUGUUAUUGCCAACGCAGUCAGCGUGAUCCCAGCGUUCGUGAUGACACAAGUCCUCCUUUUCUGCACAAAGGUAAAACUAAAAUUCAAACUGCCGCAGAGAAGUUAGCUUUGGACUACGAGCUUUUUACGAUAAGUAGUCAUGGAAAGUCGGUGCAACCACAUGAAGCUUUAAGUGUUAAAAAAAGUGUAGAAGCAGCUGCUAUUUUCGCCGAUAUGAAGCUUAGUCAAACAACUGAUAUUAAAAGCAUUUGUCCACCAUCUUCGAUAAAAUCUAAGACUAACUUAUCCGUAAGAAGUGCCCUCAGCGAAGAAGCAAAGAGGUUUGCUCAGUCCGUAAAGAAGCGCGAUUCCUCUAGUAUUGAUCGACGGCACAAACAUCAUAGUACCGGUGUUUUAUCAUCGAGUUCGUCCCAAAAAUCUCAUAGCGCUGAAGAUUUAUUGGGGAAAUUGAGAGCAAUGGAAAAGAACUCAAAAUCAGAAUCUGUGAAGAGUACCCGCAACCAAGGACAGACUUUGCUUACAGAGUUUGAAAAACGUGGCAGUUUGCAAUGUAAUUAUCAGUCCAUGCGAGCUGUGAAUGUCUCUUUGGAAGACACUCUAGGGUAUUUGCCAUAAGUCGAAGUUACGAAGUAAUGAAAUAAACUUCUAUUAAUUUUCAUAUACAUUUUUACUCAUACAUAUGUAUGAAUAUCUAUUAAAAAUUUAAAAUAGUCUAUUUGUUUGAAUUUCGCUCGACUCGUCUAAGAGGGAACUAUUGCGCGGCGUUCAAAGAAUUCGCUCCUUAACAUUGUCACAUAAAAAGAUGUGUUUAAAGUGUUAUACCCUAUAUAAUAAGUAUAAGAGCAUACUAUAUAUUGUUAUAGAACGCUAAAUUCUAAUAAAUAAUUAAUAACUAAGCACAUUUAAGACAAUUAUUAAAAAAGGUAUUCAAUUUAUAUGAUUUAUAAUUAUAAAAGUGUUAUACAACUUUAAGUUAAUUAAUGUGAGAUAAGAAUAUUAUUUUAGAUAUUUUAGAUUAUAAUUUUAUAUAGUGGUAUGUGUACAUAUACAUAUGUAUAUACAUACACUAUGGAAUACAUGCCUAAGCAUUCCUACAUACCAGGUGUACUGGUAUGAAGUGAGCGUUAACAUACAAAUGUGUUUGCAGGGAACAUUUGUUGUGAACGAACUUUAAUUUUUUACCUGUUUGGUUGGCUCUAUCAGAAGCAACAUGCAAAAGAUGGUUUCAACGGUUCAGAUAUAAUGAUUUGGAUGUAAGAAAUGAAGAACGUGGAAGACUACCACUUUCCCAUUUAAAAUUAAUCUUUUUUUUCACAAAAAAUUUCAUACCGGUACACGUGGUAUAUCGACAAAACAUUUAUUUUGCUUCGCUGUUUCUGUGCAAUAAAUUCGAAAUAAAUGUAGUUUUUGAAUAAAUGGG